GCUGUAUUCUGCGACUGCGUCACGCAAUGUUGUACUGGUAUCAGUGCUGAGCAGCAGACAGCCUGCAGGGAGCUGAACUUCAGCACCUAAUCAGUGCCAACCAUGGACCUUGUACUGAACUUUGCAGACUAUUACUUCUUUACUCCGUAUGUGUAUCCCUCCUCUUGGCCUGAAGAUGAGCCCCUGCGGCAGAUCCUUGGACUGUUGGUGGUCACCAACCUCGGCGCUGCAAUUUUAUAUCUUGGCCUGGGUGCUUUAAGCUACUAUUUCAUCUUUGACCACAGUUUAAUGAAACACCCUCAGUUUUUGGAGAACCAGGUGUGGCGUGAAAUAAAAUAUGCUAUGACUUCUUUACCGGUGAUCAGCAUUCCCACAGUCGCUCUGUUCUUCGCUGAAGUCCGAGGCUAUAGCAAGCUCUAUGACAAUGUCGACGACUCUCCACUGGGUUGGCCAGGGCUGAUUUUCAGCAUGUUCUCAUUCCUCUUUUUCACCGAUAUGUGCAUCUACUGGGUUCACAGGUUCCUUCAUCACAAACUUUUCUACAAGCACUUACAUAAACCUCACCACGUUUGGAAGAUCCCGACUCCCUUCGCCAGCCACGCUUUCCACCCGGUGGAUGGUUUCCUUCAGGGUCUGCCGUACCACAUCUACCCUUUCCUCUUCCCCCUGCACAAGGUGCUCUACUUAGGCCUCUAUGUCUUUGUCAACAUAUGGACUAUCUCCAUUCAUGACGGGGACUACCGGGUCCCGAAAGUGCUGGAAAAAUUCAUCAAUGGCGCGGCACACCACACUGACCACCACCUCUUCUUUGACUACAACUAUGGACAGUACUUUACCCUGUGGGACCGCAUCGGACGCUCCUACAGACACCCCUCGGCUCUGAUGGGGAUGGGGCCGCAUGACUGCAUCAAGAAACUACAGGCAGAGGGCAAACUUGACUCCAAUGGCACGACUGGCCAUGUUAAUGGGGGGGGUUCUCAUGUGAAAAAAGAGUAAUCAACUCGUUACAUCUCACAUAUUGAUGUUUUAAGACAAGCCUUUAUUACUUAUCGGUUAUACAUUCAUCAUUACAGAAACGUUCUUAUAAUCCUGUAGACAAGUCGAGGAUAAGAUCCCUGCAAUCUCAAACAAGAAAAAAGUGAAAACCAGCUUAAAUGCAUGACUGCAGAGGCAUUUCUAUGAAACACUGAGAUAGAUGAUAAUUUAUUAAAAGUGUCUGUUUUUCUAUUAUUGCCAAAUAUAACCAUAAGCACUUUGAUAGUAUAGUAAAGAUGACUGCACUCAA